AUGACGCUACCGAUAUUAGCGAAGAAAGUUAAAAAGUUGGCAUCGUUCCAGUUAUUCAACCUCAAGUUGCUACUGAAUGGCGAAUCUAGUCGCGGCUUUUCUAAGUUCAAAAAGAAUUAUAAGCUCAAAGGAGAGCUCGGACGCGGAGGAUUUGGAAUCGUCUACAGAGCUAUCAGAAUCUCUGAUGAAACACCAGUUGCUGUGAAAUUCAUUGAUAGACGAUCAGUCCGCGAAUGGGGCAAAAUUAACGAUGAGCAAGUGCCUAUGGAGAUUUGUAUGCUAGCAAAAUGCUCAAAAAUCAGAGGGGUUAUACGUCUCCUGGAUUGGUACAGUAUCCCAGAAGGAUACCUGAUUGUCAUGGAGAGACCAUACCCUUGUGUUGAUAUGUUUGAUUUUAUAAAAGGACAACAAAGACUUGAUGAAGAAAUGGCACGAUUCUUAUUCCGCCAAAUUGUACAAACCAUACUUGAAUGUUCACAAAAGAAAGUAUUACACAGAGAUUUGAAGGAUGAAAACAUUGUCAUCGAUCUAGUCAGUGGAGAAACAAAGCUAAUUGAUUUCGGCGCUUCAACAAUUCUCAAGAAAUCACAUUACACAGAUUUUCAAGGCACUCGCUUAUACUGUCCACCUGAAUGGUUCUUACAUUCAUUGUAUUUGGGAAAAGAAGCUGCUGUAUGGUCAUUGGGUGUCCUACUGUAUAAUGCCUUGAACGGCCGACUACCGUUCCGAAAUGAAAAAGAUAUAUGUACGGCGCACUUGUUAGGUCCCCUUCCAUUCUACGUGCCCGUAUCUGCAGAUGCACGUGAUUUGGUUUCACGCUGUUUAGCGUUCGAUCCAUUCACUCGUUGUACACUGGAAGAUAUUUUGAAUCAUCCAUGGUGCAAGAAGCAAACGUGCAACUGGGUUACUUUAAGUGCUACCACAAACACCAAUAAUGCCACCCAGUCUUCGGAUGACGAGCAAGCUGACAAAGACAAAGAUGAGCACAGUGAAGAACUUGAAGAAAUAGCGGAAGAAACUGAGAAGGAGAAUCACCAAUCAGACAGUUUACCAUCGAGUGAAGAUGAAUCCGGUGUUGGAUCGUCAGCAAGUAGCAUUGCAACUAAAGCUAAUGCUUUGCCAGAAGCUGGCAAUGGACGUUUCUCAAAAACCUCAUUGUUGGUACCACCAUCUUCGAUCGAGCUGAAGGCUGUAGUUCAGCCUGUGAAGACUAAAUCAGUCACUCAAGAGAGAGCAGGGCACAAGCUGAAGCCAAGUAGACAAGGAACUCAACGACAACCCCAUCAGAACUCAGCAGUCUUAACUGCUCUUCGUCGGGCGAUGAGUCGUGAACGAAUGCGUCGAGUGGAAAUGAUUCCACGAGCUUAA